UGUAUGGCCGGAUAACUAGCCUGGAAGGACGUCCUCGUGAGAUUAACGAUAGGUUGACCGCGCGUGGCAGGAUACCGAUGAGCGACAACCGCAGCGGAGCGACCGUGGCAUCGCAGGCGCCAGAGGCCUGCGUAGAUUCUAGCACUAGGCCGACGUAUGUCCUGGUCACGGGCGGCGUGCAUAGCGGCGUUGGCAAGGGCUGCGCGGCCGCUGUCUUCGGCCGGCUGCUCGCUCGGGCGAUGGCGCUGCCGCCGGCAGGCAGCAGUGGACUGCGGCAAGUGCCGCCGCCGCUGGCAGCGGUCCGCUACCUCAAGCUGGAGCCCUGCCUUCAGUUCGCUGGGGCGCUGAGGCUGAACGACCCUGCCUGCGAGUUCGAGGUGGUGGCGGACCCCGAUGGCUACAGCAACGACAGUGGCGCUGACGUGACUUCUGGUGAUACUGCGGGUGUAGCUGGCGCUGCCGGCAGAGCGGAGGGUCCGGCGGGCGGCAGACGACAGCAGCGGCAGGAUAGCGGCGGUCAGCAUCGCCGCCGCUGCAGCAGCGGUAUGGAUGCGGGCUGCGUGGAUGCUACUGGUGAUGAAGCGGCGGCGCUGGCGGAGGCGCAGGCGAAGGUGUCACCCCCUGCCAUCCUCAUGUAUGACAGUGACGUGGGCCGCGCCCGCUUCGCCAUUCCUGGGUUCCGGCCCGCCAUGCACGGCAGCGGCAGUAGCAGCCGCAGCGGCUACUGCUGCCACCUGUCGAGAGGCGACCUCAAGCUUGGGGCCCUGCUGGGGCUGCGGAAGCAACAGCUAGAGGCGGCGGCGGCGGCGGCGGCGGCUGGCAAGCGGUGUGGCGGCGCUGAGGCGCCCGGUUGCUGCAGCCUUGUGGGCGAGCUGGAGCUUUAUGCCGCCUCCCUGCGGCGCCGCCUGGGGCUUGACGCUGGCAGCGGCGGCAGGGGUGGGAGCGGCGGCAGCGGCAAUGGCUUAUCUGGGCAGCCACAGCCUCAGGCGCCGCAGGAGCUGCUGGUGGUGGAGGUUGGCGGGACAGCAGGUGAGCCCGAGCACGCGGAGAUGUGCGCCGUGCUGCUGCUGGCCCUGGGCGGCCCGCCCGCACUGCACCUGCACGUCACGCAGCUGCUCGCAGCCGCCACCACCGGCGCCACCGCGUCGGCCGACACCGCGAGCCACGGCUUUGCAGGCACUCAGCCGCCGGCGUGCCCACCACAGCAGCAGCAGCAGCCACAGCAGCAGCAGCCACAGCAGCAGCAGCCACAGCAGCAGCCACAGCAGCCAUGGCAGCAGCAGGAGCAGUGCUGGUCGAAGCCCGCCCAGGCAAGCCUGCGUGACAUGGCGGCGCGGGUGGCGGCACUGCUCGCCGGCUGCGGCCCCGCCGCCGCCGCGGGCCUCACUUCGCUGCCGGAGCCCGACCUGGUGCUGCUGCGCUGUGACGGACUGCUGGCGUACGCGGCGCCGCACGAGGAAGGCGCCGCCGCUGAUGCACCUGUUGGCCCUGCUGUCGCGAUUGCUGGCGCCGCCGCCGCCGCCGGCGAUCCCGUGGCGCCGGCGGCUUUGGGCAGCGGCGGCUGUGGUCGCGCAUGCGGAUGUCCCGGCAGCUGUGGCCGUGCAGGCGGAUGUGGCGAUGCCGGUGGCGGCGGGCGAGGUGCAUGUGGCCCUGCAACACUUGCAUCAGCAGGCGGGGCGUCACCGCAUUGGCCAAUCGCUGCCUGCAUCAUCCCGCCGGCCGCAGCCGCCGCCAUGGCCAAACUUGGACGGCUGUGCGCCGGCGGCAUGGAUGGCAGCAGCAACAGCGGCAGCGGCAUGCACUGCACGCGCGGAGCACUGCAGUGGCUGCUGCCGCGGGCGCGCCUGUUGGUGCCGGUCGCGCAUGACCCCGCCUUCCCUGAACGCGCGUUCCUGCACGCCCUGUCAGCCAGCCCAGCCGUCCUCGCCCACAUUGCUGCGGCGCUAGGCGGCGUCGGUGUUGGGCUCGGCGUGUCAACAACGGCAUUGCUCGCCGCAGCGGUGCAGGAUACGACCCCUGGCAGUGGCGCUUUCGCGCUGCCGCAACGGGCCGCCAAGGCGCCGGGGGCUGCGGUGGGCCCGCCGUCUCCUCUGGAGCCGUGGCAGCAGGAGCAGGAGCAGCCGCACGCGCAGCAGGAGCAAAGCGAGUGCGGGUGCGAACGGCAGCGGCAGCAGCACUAUGGCAGCGGCGGGUGUACAGAGCGACCAGAGCUGGGGCGGCAGUCGGCGGAGGUGUGGGUGGUGCACGACGGCCGAGGCGAGGACGGCUGCGCCAUGCUGGUGCUUCGGCUGCGUGCGUGGAGCCACGGCGCCGUGCGGCUGCGCUUCAUGCCGCUGUGGCAGUGGCUGGACGCCCUGGCGCCAACGGAAGGCGGCGGCUGCAGCAGCCUGCGGCUGCAGCGCCCCUGCUGCUGCAGCGGCCUUGGCGCCCGCAAGGCGGAGGCAGCAACGGCUCGACCGCCGGCGGCGGUGGUGCUGUCUGCGGGGGCGGGCGAGGCGCUGGCGGCGGGCGGCCACAGCCGGGGAGCUACGUGCGCGGCCAAGGCCUUUGGACUCCCUCCAUCCAGGGUUCUGGAGAUCCCCAACAGUCGCCGCCCGCAAGAUCGGCCCGACUGGGUGGGGACACUGGAUGCGCCUGAGGGGCCGCUGGCUUUGCUUGCUUUAGAGCUUGGGCGGCUUUGAGCUGUAUGCUGUGCGUAGUGUAGAACGCCCGCAGACUGGCUUGUUUUGGAGGUCAGCGUGUGUUAUGAGGGCUACGGGCUAGCCGGGGUGUUGUGUCGCAAAUGGGGCGUACCGUACCGAACUGUGUGCACACAACGGCCUUGGCUGGGCCUCAGGGCGGCUGGCGUUCUGGUCGACUGCCGCCUCCCUGAUGCUACCAAUGAGCAGGUGACGCUAGUAUCUUGUGAAACUGUCCUGACCGUUUGCAGUCAUGGAAGCCUGCACCAGCCCCUAAGUCCGUUUUAGGGGUGUGUCCACGGCAAGGCAGGCGGAUGUGUGCCGGUGUUUUGGGGGUUAGGUCAGAGUUGGUCGUCAAUGGAGUCCAGUAUGUAACUAAGCCCAGUC